UUACCUCAUGCAAGUGGAAACUUGCGAGAUCUUUGCAACUUCGCUGCAAUCCUGCGGAGAGAUCAAAGACUUAGCACGAGGUAGAAAGAUCCACGCAGAGAUACUGAAAAGCAGUCACGGGGGAGAUAGGUACCUUGCAAAUCGUCUCGUUGAGAUGUAUGGCAAGUGCCGGAGCGUCGAGGAAGCAAGAGCUGUUUUCGAUGGUAUCCAGCGAAAGAACGUCUUCUCCUGGACCCUGAUGGUCACAGCAUAUACCCGCAAUGGGUACUCCACGCUGGCUCUCGAGCUCGUCAAGCAGAUGGUCUCCGAGUCCGUCAAGCUGGACAGAAUUGCGCUCCUGCGAAUCGUCGAAGCUUGCGACCAACCGGACGCUCUCGACCAAGCUCGAGAGCUCCACACAAGAUUUUUCCCUGGAGCUGCUGCAGCUGGAGAUGUUGUUGUAGCUACUGCUCUCGUCAACAUGUAUGGGAGAUGCGGGAGCGUGAGCGAUGCCAAGACCGUGUUUGACGAGAUGCAGCACAGGAACAUCACCUCCUGGAACGCGAUGCUGGUUACGUACUCGUUGAACCAGCGGAGUCUGGAAGCUCUUCGUUUCUUUCGCACCAUGCUGCUCGAAGGCGUCAGGCCGGAUAGCUUCACGUUCCUCAAAUCGCUGGAUGUGUGUUCUAAGUUAGGAGAGCCCGCUCUAGUUCACGGGGAGCUGCUCCAUGCCUGUAGUGUCCAAAGCCAGGACAAGCCGGACGUCCUCGUUAGCACUUCCACCAUCAACAUGUUUGCAAAGUGCGGUACCUUUCAAGACGCGUAUCGUGUUUUCGAAGAGAUGGUGGAGAAAAGUCCGGCUUCCUGGAGCACGAUUAUAUCCGCUUCUGUCACUCAUGGCUUCGACCGCGACGCUCUUCAGCUGUUUUUCCAGAUGCAGCAGCAAGGAACGAAGCCGGACAGCUUUACUGCGGUCGCGCUGCUUAUAUCCUGUUCCAACCUCUUAGCUCUGGGACACGGCAGGGUCCUCCACUUGAUCAGUAGCGAGGAAGGAUGGAUCGAGUCGGACGUUGUCCUUGGAACCAGCCUCGUCAACAUGUACAGCAAAUGUGGAAGCUUGUACGAAGCGGAAGAAGUCUUCAAGAGGAUGCCCACGAAAGAUAAAAUCUCGUGGACUGCCAUGGUGACUGCCUACGCUCAAAACGGCCGUAGCGAACAAGCCUCAAAACUCUUGCAGGAAAUGCAGCAGCAGGAGCAUCUUGAUCCAGAGAAGUUCGCUUGGACUGCAGUUAUCUCGGGACAUGUCCAAGAAGGAAAAGCUGGCGAAGCUCUCGAGUUUUUCAGACGAAUGGAGCAGGAAGGAGUGAAGCCCGAUGCAAUCACCUUCGUAAGCGCCGCGGAUGCUUGCGGAAUGAUGGGAGACCUCUCAAGAGCCGUAGAGAUCCAUUCCAGGAUCAGCCAGUCCUGGCCUUCAAACCAAACCGACGUUGUUCUUGGGUCUGCUCUGAUCAAAAUGUAUGGAAACUGUCGAAGGCUGGCGGAUGCUGCUCAAGUUCUCGAUCAAAUGCCCCGUACCAACGUAAUAUCCUGGACGUCGAUGAUCCUCGCUUGCGAGCAGAACGAAGACAACGAAGCAGCCAUCCGUGUCUACCGAGCCAUGCAGCUCCACGGCCACAAACCGGAUCCUGUUACCAUGGUCACUGUCAUCAAAGCCGCUGCCAAUCUCCACGACUUGAAACGAGGCAUAGAGUUCCACGCACAAGCAGCUGCCUUCGGUUUUGCAACCUCCACCGUUGUUGGAAAUGCUCUGGUCACACUGUAUGGGACGUCCGGGGACUUGCAAGCAGCCGAGAACGUCUUCAAAGAGCUACUCCAACAAAGCGUUGAGGACGUUGUCACUUGGAACUCCAUGCUCUCCGCCUGGAAUCAAAAUGGUCUGCCAAACCAAGCCUUGGGUACCUUCCAGAGAAUGCUCCACCACGGUCGCCAUCCCGACAAGACCACCUUCGUCAAUAUCCUGAACGCCUGUGCCGGAGAUCCUUCUAAGUUGCUCCAGGGGGUGAAGAUCCACGCACUGGCUGCCGCUUGCGGCCUGGACUCCGACAUUGACGUUGCUAACACUCUGCUACAUAUGUACAGUCGUUGCGGGAACUUGUCUCGAGCUCGAAAAGUUUUCCAUGCUCUCACCCAGAAGAACGUCGUUUCCUGGAGUGCCAUGGCCGCAGCCUGUGCUCACAACGGUGACGCUGACGGAGCUCUACAAGCCUUUCGAGGAAUGCUUCACGGAGGUAUCCAGCCCAACGCCGUCACCUUCAUCAGCAUUCUGUCUGGAUGCAGCCACACUGGUUUGAUGGACGAAGCUGUCAGCUAUCUGUACGCCAUGAGCAGUGACCACAACCUCAAGCCCACUGUCCAGCACUAUGCCUGUCUACUAGACCUGCUUGCCCGAGCUGGGAAGUUCCACAGAGCCGAAGAACUUGCUACUCAUCUGCCAAAUCCCGUGGCCUGGAAUUCCCUGCUCGGCGCUUGCUUGGUGCAUGGUGACGCCGAAACAGCAGCUCGAGCAGCUGAUACUGCCGCCAAGCUGCAGCCUCUCGACUGUGCACCGUACGUAUCACUCUCGAACGCUAUGUCCACUGGAAAGAAUCUGAAAACAAAACUCAAUUAUUUCCAGUAGAACUGGAGUCAGUACAAAA